AUGUCCGACAUCGCCGACUUCCUCACGGCCCUCGACGCCGCCCAGAAGAAAGAGAAGUACACCUCCGAGGUGCAAGACGCCGCCGGCGGCAUCGACGCCGCAACUCUCAAGGCAGCCGUCGAGGCCGCCGCCGCUAUGGGCGAGAUUGAAACCGUGGCGGACGAGGCGCAGGCAGCCGCGCUCAGCGCUGGGUUCCAGUUCGCCGCCAAGGUUGUCUUGAUGCUUACCGCGGCACCGGGGCCGUACGAGAAGAAGGAUCUGUAUGUUUACUUCAAGGUUGCGCGCAAUGAGACGGUGGAGAAGCCUGCCUUCUAUGAUAUGGUGAAGAAGCAGCUCUACGGCGAGUGGGAAAAGGUCAAGCACUACAGUGACCAGAAGGCGCAGGCACUGUAUAUCCAAAACGUCAACACCCUGAUCGGCAAGUACGGGACUCGCGAUUCGUGA